AAGAAAAGAAAAAGCCCAACUUCCUUGUAUCGACUCACUACUCAAACAGAGAAAGCUUCGCAUCAGCCGCGACAGCUGCUGACAACCCGAGAGGGAUAAAAGACGCGUUUGGCACAUUUUAAUACACCGGUGUGACAUGAGUGGGCUUCACCCACUGAGAAGAGAUGAAUACUGAUGUUUUACUCUGCCCAGCUGUGCAGACGUGGAGUAAAACCCUCAUUUCAGAGCCACACCGCCACACACACUCCCACACCUCUGCAUGGGUCUCUCCUUCACUGCUCCCACUUCACGACUCUUGCCAUCCUUUCUGUGAGACCAUGUACCCAGGUGAACCUGACCCGAACACGGACCCGCAGCUCUUGGAGUCCAAGCUGGACUUCUUCCACAAGCUGGGCUACUCCACGGCUCAGGUACAGGCUGUUCAGCAGAAGUUCGGCCCCAACAUGGACACGGAUAAAGUGCUGGGGGAGCUGGUUCGGAUCGGGCCCGUUCAGGAGGCCAAUCAGGGGCCGGUGACCACAAUGUCGGUGCUGGUGCCCAGAGGAGAAACCCAGCCAUCGGGCCCUACACUGCUGCUGCCUGUAGCUGGUACUUCUCCUCAGAGCAAAGAGGAGACUGGCGAGGAAGAAAAGACUCUGAGACCCGUCGUUAUAGACGGCAGCAAUGUGGCCAUGAGCCAUGGCAACAAGGAAGUUUUCUCUUGUCUGGGAAUCCAGUUGGCUGUGAACUUCUUCCUGGACAGAGGCCACACUGAAAUCACUGUGUUUGUUCCCUCAUGGAGGAAGGAGCAGCCCAGGCCGGAUGUUCCCAUCACAGAUCAGCAAAUUCUGCGUGAGCUGGAGAGGAAAAGGAUUCUGGUGUUCACACCGUCGCGGCGCUAUGCAGGCAAACGGGUGGUCUGUAAUGACGACUGCUACAUUGUCAAGCACGCCUUUGAGUCUGACGGCAUCAUCGUGUCCAACGACAUGUACCGUGACCUUCAGGGAGAGAAGCCGGAGUGGAAGCGCUUCAUCGAAGAGAGGCUGCUCAUGUACUCCUUUGUUAAUAACAAGUUUAUGCCCCCCGAUGAUCCCCUCGGUCGACAUGGACCAACCCUGGAGAACUUCCUGCGGAGGGUUCCAAAGACUCAGAAAAAACAGCCCUGUCCUUAUGGGAAGAAAUGUACUUAUGGAAUCAAAUGUAAAUUCCACCAUCCCGAGCGAGCCAAACAGUCCAAUCGUGCUCUUGCAGACGAGCUUCGAGAGAGUGCUAAGCAGCCUACUGCUUCUCAGAAACAAUCUUCAGCUUGCUCCAGUCCUGUGCCUGGACUCAGCCUCCUGUUGGUGGAGGAUAUGGCAAAGAAACUGACUCUGGGAAACGAGAGCAGCUCCUUAAAAAAAGCUCAUAAAAAUGAAAAGGCAGCUCAGGUGAAGGCAAGUCACUGCUCCAGCAAGAAGGCCUCAUCAAAGAAGGAGAAGUCCAGCAAACACGCGUCGUCUGAUCACAACUCGGUGCAGCACAGCCGCUCUCAGGAGCAGCUGGACUCUGGUUUAGGCUCCAUAGACAGCCAGCCGGUGGAAGCUCCUCGGAGUCUGAGUGAUCACCAGUUUGGGCUACCGUACAGCAGCAGCCAGCAGUACUGCCCUCCAAAAAGUGCCCCGUGCAGCUGCUGCUCACAUGGCACUGCCUCUUGUGGGAGUGCGCCGGCUUUCCCAACUUACAACAUCGGGCCAGUGAGCAGCCACAGCGCUGAUAUGAUGCCCUACAGUCUGCCCCACUAUCCAAACUAUUGCGCUUACCCAGUCAGCAUGAAUCCGUACAGCCAACCGACACAUUUCCAGCGCAGACAAACCCACAGCUUCCAGAGGCCACAAUGGUCCGAUCCAUUCUGCGGCCAACCGGCGGUGGUCCGCAGCCUCCCGGGAGAUCCCUCACACUGGGAGCCUCCUCCAAUGAAGCAACCAGGUCCCAGCAGGGAGGAGAGAGAGGUUAUACGGAAAAAGCUCCUCGCUAUCUUCAGCGCCCAGCUGGUGGAUACAGCCAUGGACAUGUUCCCUCAGAUGAUGGAUCCACAGAUGCUCGUGGUUGAAAUCCUCAAGUUGCAGAGUCAGCUGAGAUGAGACGAAUCCAGUCCGAGAACUCGUCUUUCAGUGGAAAGACUGAAGGUUAACAUGAGUUUGUGUGUUUUGUAUUGUGGUAUCCACCUUGAUUAAAAACUCUAUUUGAAUUCUUUGGAGUUGCCUCGCUGCAGUCUCACGUUAGAGGCAGGAUGCAGUUGAUACAAAUUGUAUCUUUAUUUAUAAAUUUUAGCAAACAUGUGGCUUUUAAUGCUACUUAAUUGGAUUAACUGACACUCUUGAGGUCUACCUUUCAUAGAUACACUUAUAUAGUCAGAUUCAGUCACCAGUGUGUUGUGUGGAUGAGGAGCACGUUCUCGAUAUUGAUGUCUUUUUGGAAGAAGCUGACGUCUGAGAAUGACCAACAAGCUUGGAAAUGACUGCGAAGGUCGCCUCGUGUGUGUCUCAACAGUAUUUAAGAACCGGCUGUGCUGUGCUGAGCUGCGUACUGAAAUACCUUUUUGUGUCAUAUUGGCACUAUGCAUCUAUUGUUUCUAAGACAUCACUGUGCAGUGUUGUCAAUCAACGUGUCAGGAUAAAAUAUUUAUGGCUGCGUUCUCACAUACACUCCCUGCAAAUGGUAGUUGAUCUCAAUUGUCAGAGUUGUUUUUGACAUGGUACUGUUUUUGACAUGGUCUUUGAGCCAGAGUUUCUCUGUUUCUGGACUUACUAGUUUUUAUUAUGUGUGGAAUAUUGUAUGUGAUUCCUAGUUUCAUCAUUAUAUUUACAUCAUGUAUAAAGUAUGCAUCGGUUAGCGUUCAGUUUUUAGUUAUCUUAGAGUUUUUCUGCUCCAGGCUGUUAAGUCAGCCUUGUUUUCAAGGUUCUUUAUCUAUUGUCUCAGUGUUUGUUGCCCCCCUUCUGUCUCCUUAGUUGGUCAUGUCCAUGUCUGCAGUGUGGUUUUGUUUUUGUGGUUAGAGUUUUAUUUUUUGUAUUUCCUUUGAGCGUCCAAGUACGGGAAUAAAGCUGCUUUAUAGUUAAUUCUGUCUGUCACAGUGUGCUGCACCUGGGCCCUGCCUAAUCUGCCAUAUAGCCGAUUAUGACAGUUUUAUAGUCCCGGAAAUUGGAUUCUGUUUGCCUGGAUGAAGCGUUUUCAGUGGAAGAAGCUGAGCUGCAUCCAGAUGAACUGAUUCAAGUCUGUACUUGGAUUGCUGCAAGGUGGAUGAUGGAUAAUGUUCUCAGUUUAGAUUAUUUAAUGUGUUUUUUGUGAUAUCAAGCUAACUGGAAUUUAAAACACACCUGCAGUAAAACUGUUAUAUUUAUUCCACUUUAUUUU